CGAUAUUUUAAAAUAGACAAAGUGUGUGAUUUUCCCAGUAUGGUUUUAGAACGCCAACAAAGCACACGGCACGCAAAGAAACGGAAUAAUAAAACAUUUCAAAACGAUUAAAGGAUUACAAUAAAAUACAAUACUAUCAAAAAAGGAUAUAGUAUUUAUUCUUUGUAGUAUAUAAAUACUAGAAAUGCCUUUGAAGAAUAAGAGCGAAUAUAUACCCAUCAAAUGUGAGGGUUGGAACGGCAAAUUCCUUUAUGAUAACGGUGCGGCGAAUAAUGUUUCGAAAGUGCGCCGACACAAUCAAAAUGUGACCGAUACCUCCAACUUUUAUGGCUACAGCAGUGAACCGAUCAUUCUGCCCGUGAGCUGGGACGGCACAUUUGCGAAGAGCGGGGAGACCCGUAUACAACCAGAACGCAAUCGUUCCAAUGAUUCGGAAUACUUUCAAUACAAUAUGGAACCUAGGUUGCCGACAGAAUGGAAUGGCGAAUUUCAAUUGGAUCCCAAUGAUAUACGCAUCAAACCCGAACGCAAUCACUCGGAUCCGCGUGACUAUGCGGAGGCCAGUCGUUUCAAGCGUGUCAGUUAAACAAAUGCCGCCAAGUAUCGCAGCAUAUGGCGGUUCUAGGAGUGAAACUGUUGCAACUGUUUUAAGUUUUGUUUUUUACUAACAACGUGAUUUUUUGAAUUACUAAACAUAUUUAUACACAGCUUCGCGCACGCGUUUUCUUCUGAGUAAUUUUUUAUUAGUUAUUACCCGAACAAUUCACUGAUUCUCACUUAUAACGGUGCUAAAUUGAAGUGUAAAAUUUUGAAAUUGUGAUUAUAUUUAUUAUAAAAAAAAAUAAAUAAAUAAACCUAAUUUGUCUACUUAAAGCAAAGAACUUUAUAUUGUUUUGUGAUUUGUAAAAAAUUUUGCUGUUCAGAAAUAUUGGUGCAAUAUCUCAAUACAAAAAAGUUAACAAGUGAGGUGUCUUUAAAAGCUCUACAAGGAAAUAUAUUAGUACUGAAGUAAUUGA